CCUCCGCCGGAAAUUAUAGUUCCUAUUAUCAAUUCAUUUUUCCUUACAGCACACCUAUUAAAUCUUGACUGACAAAUGAUUAACAACCAUUGUGCGCGUCCUGACUCAUCCGUGCAUUUUAAUCCGUAGACCUUGUCGAAAAAACUCUUGACUCCCCUGGGCACAUGAAACUGGACACCCGAGCUUUUGAGGCCCCUCUUUCCAUGCGGAGGAAUACAUUGUUGCUGCUCACAAUGUGGAUGGAGGUGGUCAAGAUGUCUACUAGAAGAAUGAAUUCACCUCAAUUGUAACAACAUAAAGGAAGUCGUGGCGCGGGAUUGUUUGGAUACAGACCUGCAACAUUGUAUUUGUGACGUCGGUGUUUUGUAGUAGGAUGUCAAAGGAGGAAUAACACACAUUGUUGCGCCUAUCAGCCUUUAAUGCGCCGUGCUUCAAAUUCUUUCGAGUUUUUUGGUUUUUCCCUACGAGAUUCAACCUUUCUUUUUUACUACUGGAUGUAAUACAACUGAUAAACAGAGGGUGCUUUAAAGACCGAGUGGUAUGAACGAGGCGCACCAGAGAAUGGCUACAGUGGGAACAGAUAAGGAACUCAGUGACCUGUUGGAUUUCAGUGCGAUGUUUGCGCCACCUGUGGCCAAUGGGAAGAACAGACCAACUACACUUGCUAGCAGUCAAUUUGGUGGUUCAGGUAUGGAAGAACGCAGUAGUACUUGGGCUGCUGGAGAUCAAAACAGUCCAUCUUUUAACCAGAGCUAUGGAGAGGGCCCGCACUUCAAUGAACACGAUGGACUAUCUUCCCCAUUCCUUGGCACAGGGAUUAGUGGUAAGAAUGAAAGGGGUCCAUACUCUUCCUUUGGGGGUCAGCCGGGGUUCCUGCCUUCAGACAUUGCCAUGCCUUCUGCAGAUGCCAUGUCCCCAUCCGGACUGAAGUCUGGCUCACAAUUCUACUCUUCAUAUCCCAACAACCCCCGGAGACGCCCCUCAGAUGGAGGCAUGGAUCCCCAACCAAAAAAGAUCAGGAAGCCGCCAGGACUGCCAUCUUCAGUUUAUGCUGCCACCUCUGGUGAUGACUAUAUCCGUGACAGUGCCGCCUUCCCGGGCUCUAAACCUGGCUCUGUGUACCCAGGGUCCUUUUACAUGCAAGAGGGCCUACACUCCUCUUCGGACCCCUGGGCCCCGUCUGGAUCCUUAGGUCAGUCAGGAUACACCGCUAUGCUGGGGAGUUCGCCACACAUCAAUCAGCCUGGCUCCUUCUCAGCAAUAAACGCACAAGACAGGAUGAACUACCCUUUGCAUGGAGCGGACGUCAAUGGUUUCCAUUCGGGCUCAGCUGCCUAUAGCCACUCAUCCUCCAUGAAUGGAUCAGACAGCAUUCUGGCCAAUAGAGGCUCAGUCGCAAGCAGCUCAGGUGAUGAGAUCGGAAAAGCUCUUGCUUCGAUCUACCCUUCGGACCACAACAGCAACAACUUCUCCUCCACUCCUUCCACUCCUGUGGGCUCCCCUCAGGGCAUUGCAACAGGUGCAGCACAGUGGUCGAGAGCUUCUGGCCAGACUGCUCUGUCUCCUAACUAUGAGGGUGGACUACAUGCACUGCAGAACAAAAUGGAAGAGCGACUAGAGGAGGCCAUUGAUGUGCUCCGAAGUCAUGCGGUGGGUCAGCCCCCGGGAAUUCCUGGACCCCAUGCCGACAUGCAUGGCCUACUGAGUGCCGUCUCCACAUCCAGCGGAUCCAUGGGGGGUCUCCCUCAGGCCUACUCCAACCCAGGACUGCCCCUAACCAACAGACACCCUGCCAUGGCUGGAAGCCAUCAUGACGACCAUGCCUGCCUUCCUCCCAGCAGCACCCUGUUGCAGUCAGCUCAUGCUUCAGGCACCCCACAGCCUGGAGGAGCACCAGAGGGUUUUAACACUUCAGGUUUGCCCGGAGGCUUGGCCCACGCCACACGUUCGUCAAACAAAUCCGACAUUAAGAGGGAAGACAAGGAGGAAGAUGAGAACUCCUCUGUGGCCGAUAAGUCUGAAGAAGAGAAGAAGGAAAGCAAACAGUCUCGCACCAGAACAAGAAAGGAGGUGUUUACCCAUCAAGUCCUUUCAAGUUUAUCAGACCAGGGAGAAGAUCCAGAUGAAGAUGACGAGGAUUUGCCGGCAGAGGUGAAGAUCGAGCGGGAGAAGGAGCGACGAGUGGCCAACAAUGCACGAGAGCGACUGCGCGUACGUGACAUCAACGAGGCCUUCAAAGAGCUGGGCCGCAUGUGCCAGCUGCACCUGAGCAACGAUAAACCCCAGACCAAACUGCUCAUCCUGCACCAGGCCGUCAACGUGAUACUAAACCUUGAGCAACAAGUCCGUGAACGCAACCUAAACCCCAAAGCAGCUUGUUUGAAGCGACGUGAAGAGGAGAAAGUGUCCGGGGUGGUUGGAGACACUCAAAUGCAGCUGUCCGGACAGCAUCAAGGCCUUGGAGGAGAUGGACGCAACUCUGUCAGUCACAUGUGAUCAUGUGAUCGUGAAAUUUCUUGGGGCUCCUGGAAGAAGUGACCUUGAAUCUCUUCCACCGUUCUCAUCCUCUCUGUGUGCAUAUAGUGACUCGGAAAGCAUAUCAUCCACGAAAUAAAGAGGUGCACCCUCCAAAACUUUUUGUACACACAAACUGACCCGCCAAAACUGACACAGCAGAUUUUGUCCGUGAUCACUCCAGACCGCAAUUACCAGCACAAAUGUGAAGAACUCUUUCUCAAGUCGUUUUGUAUUUUUCUGCUUCCCAACAACGUUGGAUCAUAGGAAUAGACACGUUCUGACCACAACUGACAUUUUUCCACUGCAGAGAGUUUUGAUCGAAAGACAAGACGUACGUCAAUUUAAUCAUGGAUUUGUGCCUAAUUGUUACGUUUUAUAUAAGACACAAACUGCUUACUCGUGUGGAACAAAAGUUUGGGAGUUGCUUGUAUAUGAGCAAUUUUUUUUUUUUUUUUUUUUUUUUAAAUGUGGUUUGUCAUUCCCUACUGAAAGGUACAGUCUUACAUGCAUUGUGUAACCAAACCCCAUGAGAAGUGGGGCGAAUCUGUGGUGCUUUUGAGGACGGCGUUUCCCAGCAUGCCUCUGCUCUGUGGGACAGGGCUCUUCCGGAAAGGGAGAAAAGCACAUGGGCCAUCGCAGCUCUCCAGACUGUUUCAUCUCUUUGGAAACAUCAUGCAUCAUCAGCUCUCACGAUGCCAUUGACAAGUUCAGCCAAUCGGAAGAAACUGCAUCAUAAAGGAACAUGAGCUUUUGUUACAAUGACAACAAUGCUUGGAUUCCAUUGCAUUUCCAAGCACAAAAUUGCCAAGUUGACCUUUCACGUCUUUCCUUUCGUAAGCCCUUUCAUUUUUUCACCAGGAUACGUUCAAUCAUCACUCGCUCGCAUCGACUCGUUGUUGCCAAAAGUCUGAAAGUGUACACAUGUCCACCUCAUGCAUAUGUUAUGGAUGUUAUUUCGAUUUGAGAAAAAAUGUAAGAAUAUAUAUAAAUAUAUAUAUUUUUGUUAGUCUAUACAUUGUAGAUUUCUAAAUAACAAAAACAUAUUAGUUUGAAGUGUAGAGUCUAUAGCGCAAGUGAACGCUCAGAUGCGCCAUACGAUUUCAAAUAUUUUCAGAAACGUUAAGGUUUGGGUGAGGCAACCCACCCUUAAUUUUAUCCCAGAUGCCCCCCAAUAGCUCUAUGCUCAUGAUAAAGAGAUUUGAUAAUGAUGAUUGAAGGCGCAUUGAGGUUUAAGACCUCACAGUGGUUUCCUGAUUUCAGGGAACUGUAUGUCACUAGAAGUGUUCUUAGGCAAUGGUGUAGUGCGUAAGCAACGUUCACCAUCAUUUCAGUCUCGCCAAUGCACAUAAUGCAACCUGUUUGAAUGUAAUAUUCAAAUGUACACAAUCUCACGUCUCCAUCAGACUGGCUUACUGUGAGUUUAGUUGAUCAUAUUGUCAUUUCAAGAUGUACGUCUCAACCCGAUUUUUGUCAUGUACGUGAGAUGAUGUUCCCUGAUGGUUUGAAUUAUGUAUGUAGGAAAAAAAAUGGUGUUAUAACCUGUGUAAAUGUCAAAAUGUCCACAAUGGAUAUGAUUUCUGAGUAAUAACAUUUCACCGUAAGGGGGAUACUGAACUUAGGUUGUCCUAAAGUAUAAUGGAAACAUAAUAUUAAUUCUUGAUAAAGAUAAAAAGUUGUCGAACAUUUAUAUAUCGUGGCCUUCUUAUUCUCAAGACUGUCAUUUUUGAGAGUGAUGCCUUGUCAGUGCCUAAACUUACUUUCAUUGUGAACUUGACCAUUUUAUUUCAAAAUGCAAAAAUGGCUCAUCCAUCUUUUUAGAUUUGUUUUGUUUCUUUCUGGAAGCAUCUGUGUUGUAGUAUUUAAUCUGCAAUUUAGAAACAUUGUAGUCUUUCAUCCUUAUUAUUAUGCUGUGUGUGUACCUUUUUGGCAAUUUUAGGGUUCUCGUUCCUGUCAUCUUUGGCUCAACUAGGUUGGAUUUUUUUUUUUUCUUUUCUUUUUUUCCCCUUUCGAGAUGCUAGUGCCCUGUAAUCUGUGAAGCACACCAGAAAAUUGAAGGAUCUUCGUCGAUUCAUCAGAUGGGGGCCGGAAACACUAGACUGUUAUUCUCAAGUAAUUCUUGUUUUAUCCAGCUGAUACCAUCUCAAAUGCAUGUUCAUUUUGAAAGUAUCUAUAAAAUAUGAGUGCUGGACUUGUUUUUGCCCCCUGCUUAAUGCUUUAGAUGCUGGAGGAGUGUUGUCAUGUCAUCAUGGAUUUUCUUUUUAUCCCUGAAGCAUCUUGAAUGUCCAACUGAGUGAACAUUUUGAAUGAAUGGUUGUGCGCCGAAGUAAGACUGCUGCCAUGAUUUCCAUCAGAAUUAAGAUGUGUGUGAAUUUUACAGAACCUGGUGUCUUGCAGUUGCAGUAGGGACAUGAACAAUACUGCUGUUGUCUUCAGAGUGCCUCCGGUUUUUGUCUUUAUUAUUUUUCGUCUUUGUUUUUAUAAAUAUAUAUAUAAAGUAGGUAUUGAGAACUGUCCUGUAUAUAACAGUAAUGUAGCAAUAAAUGUGCCAUUUUUAAUAACAGAAUUAUACUUUUUUUUUUUUUUUCCAAUGUCUUGCUUUGGAUCUUGUAUACCUUCAAAUGAGUUAAAUAAAAGAAAACAUUGUAAUAAAAGUCUUACCAUUGCGUGUCUUUCGCGAGAAACGCUUGGGCUGAAGAGAUAACGCUGCCCGUUCACACCAAGAAGGAUAGCUAUAAAGAUAAAUAUCGCUCACACCAACGGUUCUGUUCAUUAUAAGCGCGCUGAAGAUUUUAAAUCCUCGCGCUCUUUAAAGUCAGGUGGAUUCUGAUUGGCUGUAUAUGAUAACUUUAAUUUUGUAAGCUGUUUAUUUAUAAACGUUAUAUGUAUUGUCCUUUGAUGUGAAAGGGCCUUUAAAACAGUUGUAACAUAGCAGGCAGCAGUUUUACGUUUAUCUACUGUCUCAAACAAAACUCAUGAAGAUAUUUCAAAGAUGUGACACCACAUACCUCACAAACUGCUUGUUUCUUCCAGAAUAUUUGUGACACAUCUUAGUUAUUUCUUAGAAGUGCUCAUUAGCCAGAUAACUUGUAAACUUUGUGGACUGGUAAAGCUCUGUACACGCUUGUAAAUCUGUAACGUUAGGUGCUCACGGUUUUUAUUUAUUUAUUUAUUUUAUUUAAAGUUUUAUUUAUUUUAUUUUAUUUGGUGCGUUAUUCAAGUCAACUGCACAUCAGCAGUAUUUUCUGCCAUUUUCAUUACAAAGCCCUGUUUUAAAACGUUGACUAACGUACACUCCAUAUCUAGCCGUUUUAUGCAAAUGAGCAGUCUACACAGUUCCAGAAUUUUCUAUCAGGCUGAUAACGGGCAGCCUGGGGUCCUGAUACAGCCAUUUCAACUUGUUUACUUUCUGAACAGAGGAGGCCAGUGACAAGAUGCAAAAGAUAAUAAAGCUGAUCGGACCCAAAUAUGUUUCUAUUGCCAGAACGUGGGUUCCCACGCUGGUCGGAUGGGGUACAGUUGGUGGACUGGCUGUUGUCUAUUUUACAGACUGGCGGCUGAUUCUGGAUUAUGUUCCCUACAUUAGAGGCAAAUUUAAGAAGGAUGAUGAUGACUAGUCCAACUCCGUAUCAUGGAUCUGUAGAAAACGGUUGUUGUAUAUUCCUACCGGGAACAAAUUGCUUAUGCGUUGACCCGCCAGUAGGCGGCGCUGAUGAUGCGACGUAUAACCAGAAAGACUGAAGAACGUUGUCACUUUAAUAUUUCAUUUUUAUGUGCUGAUAUGUUUGAAUAAUGUUUUACUGUGCCCGAAUGGGUUAAAUUGAAUGUUGAUGUGUACUAAAUCAGACUGCAAACAACUAUCUUGCUAAUGAGUUAAUCCUGUCUGUACAGUGCUGAUACCUGGGAAUGGAAGAUGAUUCUGUUUCAUGGCUUUGCACAUCACUUAGUUUGAGUUUGCACAUAAAAUAUGUUGUAUUUACUUAAAAUUGUUAUUUUGUCAUACUUUUGUGAAUAAAUUCUUUCUCUAUA